UAGCAUUAACCGGUCACCUCCCUCCGGCUUGUCAUCGACAGCGACAGUGCUUGAGGUGCGAUUGACUCCAAGUCCCCGCCGUCGCUCCGAUUCUUAUUCUUCAUAAAUGGGGUGUUCGAGGUUACUGUCUAUAUUAACUGUUGUGCCGUAAAUUGUUGGGUUGGGUAGCGUGAGGCCUUGAAGCGUUCACCAUCGUCUAUAGUAACCUCACGAAUUCAUCAUCAGUUAAGCGAAGCGCGUUUCCACGGAGCGCUCCGUCAGACGAAUGUACUCAAUGUCCUGGGAACUAAGCAAAGAUGCCGAGUUGGGAAAAGAAGGGCCCCCUCAACUGCCCUCGGCAAACAGCGAUUCGAGCGGCAACAGCAUCAACAAUGGCUCCACCGAGCUCUACGUUCGCCCCGUUGCCGAAAGGCGUUAUGUCCAGAAGAUCGACAUGUAUCUCUUGCCUGUCUCCUCGAUCCUGUACUUUUGCCGUUAUACUACCGGAAGCAACGUCAGAAACGCCAAGACGGAGGGCAUGAACAAAGACCUCGGCCUCGUCGGCGAGCAAUAUAACUUGACGAUGACCCUCAUCAGGGCACCGUUUGUCCUCCUUGAGCCGGUCCAGAUCAUGAUGGUAAAACGUUACGGUGGGAGGAUUGUGAUGUCCAGUCUGUUGUUCGGCUGGGGGAUUGUAUCGAUGUGUCAAGCCGCCAUGAAGGACUACGCUGGAAUCCUUGUCUGCCGACUUCUGAUUGCCUGCUUUCAGUCCAGGUUCUUCGGCGGGUGCAUCUUCUACCUCACGCUACUUUAUAAGCGUGACGAGCUCACUUUCCGGUGGCUUACACCCGAGGAGGAAGCCGCGGCGAUGGCCGGACUGAGGCGCGAUUCCACCGCCGAGGUCGACACCUCGUACAACCUCGUGACCAGCUUGGAGGCGCUCGCAAAACCGAAGAUGUGGGCGUUUAUGAUGCUGGGUGUCAGCACCGUAGCUAGGUAUGCGGGUGAAUGAUUUCCCUAAUUAUUAUUAUUAUUGCUCUCUCUCCAGUGCGACUUGGUCGGCAGAGACCAGGAUAUUCGAUUCAGGUACUGGACGUGUGGCGGGGCUGGGCCUGGCUUACGCCGAAGAUGACUUUCGAACUUAUGGAUUCACGAUUGUUAGCUGCCGACACGAAUUUGGAUAUUUUCCGGGGUGGAGCUUUAGUAUGCUCUGACUCUUUAAUACGACUAAUUACGCAG